UUCUGUCCGUAGGGGCAUUUCCGUGAUUCUAACCAAAAUGGAUGGCGGUUUCGUCUCCUACAGCGACCGCCAAAAAAACCCUAGAUACUCCCAAUUUUGAGACUUUUCAUUCCCCUUGGCUUUUCCUUUUCGGUUUUCUUCGGAUUCAAUGAAUUAUUAGGGUUUCACGCGCCCCUGAGGCCUCUUUAUUCUUUGCUCUGUCUCUUCAUUUCUCAUUCCCCUGAGCCAGACAGCUUAGGGGUUCCCAAUUUUUUUUUUUUUUUUUUGUUUUCUCCGAAAUAGCGGUGCUAUAUCUCUCGGUUUCUUGAUCGCCAUGGCCAAAAGGGUUCUCUGCAAGUUCUAUGCCCAUGGAGCCUGUUUAAAAGGGGAGCACUGCGAGUUUUCACAUGAUUGGAAGGAUCCAUCAAAUAAUAUAUGUACCUUUUAUCAGAAAGGAGCUUGUGCCUUUGGUAGUCGAUGCAGAUAUGAACAUGUUAAAGCUUCUCGGGCUCAGUCAACUGGUUCGUCUUCAUCAGCAAAUUCUCAUCAAUCUCUGGCUUUUGAUUCUGCUCUUGCUCAUCCCUCGAGAACUGCAUCAAGUGGAGUUGCUUUAGUCCCGGGCACUCUUUCUGAGCUCUCUGCAUUUAGUAGUCCUUUCUUACCUCCCCCUAAACCUGCAUGGAGUGAUUCUCUGGAUGAUGGUGAUUUUGAUCACAAUGAGGAUGAUGAUGUGGGGGAGACUAGAAGUGCUAGACCAGCCGAUCGUGCUAUCUGUUCAUUUGCUGCAGCUGGUAAUUGUCCUCGUGGAGAAAAAUGUCCUCAUAUUCAUGGAGAUAUUUGCCCCAGUUGUGGAAAACAUUGUUUGCAUCCUUACAGACCUGUGGAAAGAGAGGAGCAUAUGAGGACGUGCGAGGAAAAGCACAAGCAACUUGAGGCAUUAAAGCGUAGCCAAGAAAUAGAAUGCAGUGUUUGCCUGGAACGUGUUCUUUCAAAGCCUACAGUUGCUGAACGAAAGUUUGGGAUACUCUCAGAAUGUGAUCACCCUUUUUGCAUAUCUUGUAUUCGAAACUGGCGCAGUAGCUCCCCAACUUCUGGUAUGGAUGUGAAUAGUGCGUUGAGAGCUUGCCCAAUAUGUCGGAAGCUGUCAUACUUUGUGAUUCCAAGUGUCAUAUGGUAUAACACAAAAGAAGAGAAAGAGGAAAUUGUUGACAGCUACAAGGCUCGCCUCAGGUCGAUUGAUUGCAAGCACUUUGAUUUUGGAAAUGGGAACUGCCCAUUUGGGACAAGCUGUUUUUAUAAGCAUACGGUCAAGCCGGGCUCCUAUGUAUGGAAAUUUCACAGGCCACCUCCAAGAAGGCCACCUCCGCGCCGAUCUGAUACAGUGCGAAUGGAUGCCCUUUAUGAGAUGUUCGAGCACUUGGAAGAAUUGGAGGAUUAUACUCCUGCAUGCAUACCGGGAUGGCCGUCUAGAGGAAGUUGUGCUGCGUCACCUGGGAAAUGAAGAUGGUCAGACGGUGAUAGCCGCAAAUAUUAGGCUGUCAGACUUUCUUAGUGAUUUGCGCAUAAGGUGAAUAAAGUCGUCUGAUAUUCCAAUGAGUGUUGUGUGUAGCAAGAAGAUAUGUGCAGCUUUGAUGCUGGUUUUCAAUUGCUGCUAGUGGAGUACUCCAGAUAUCUAUAAGAAUAUCUUGCUGGAGAAUGAGACCCGGUUUGUGGGAGAAGACGUGACGUGCUUGGUUGAUAUUUGACAACAUAAUUCAAAGAAUAAUAGUAAUUAUGGAAAGGAUGAGUUAUGUUGAGGAUUUGACAAUUAUAUACAUGCAUGUGUGGCUUCAAUAUUCUACAGGUUGGGUAUAGACAAUGAUUUUGAAUAAAGGAUGGGAUAUGGAUAGCAUGAGAAUACCAUUCUUGUUGAGAACUGUAUAUAAAGGCAUACCGGCUUUGACGAUUUGUCAUCUUCGUUGACGGUUGUUUUUGAAAAUGAAACCAUGCCCUUAUAUUGAGGAUGCUCGUGUUGUAGUUGGUCCCCUUGUAAUAAUCCUGGCAUCUAUCUUUAGAUAUUUAGAACUAAACCAGUGAGCAAAACUAUGAGAUUGCGAGUUUGCGACACAAGAUAUAAGCAUGAUAGUUAAAUUUUGGCUGCCUAGAAUUGUAUGUUCUCUUCCACUGUUGUUUGGAAUUUUCCGAUGGGAUCGCAUUUGGAAACAAAACUCAUAUUUAUGUCUCUCUUAUCACUC